AUAAGAAGCCAUGUCGACUCAAAGUGCAAAGAAAAAAAGAAUUGGUUCACGUCGUCGGGUCGCACAUGAAAAUAAAACAUCAGAGGCUGAUGAAUUACACAUAACGGACAGUGCCUCUGCAGCAAAACGCUGCAUACCAGAAGAAAAUACUGAAUCAUUAAAUGUAUUGGCUAAUCCUGACAAUACACAAUCUGCAACCCAAAAUCCACCUUCACCAGAACUCACUGAGAAUCGAAGAAAACUAGGAUCUAGUAGAAGAAAUAAAAGAGAACUGCGUGUCAAGGGUUCAGCAACUGAAUCAUACUCCAAACCUACAGAGGAAGUUGAGGAAUACACCAGGGGUAAUGAAACCCCCAAAACAAUGCAAAUGUCACUGGCAAUACAAUCUUGGAGGCAGGAAGAAGUCAAUCAAGGGCAUGAGCAUAACAUCAUAUCUGUGGCACAUGACAGCUCUUUAUACCCUGCCAUUACACCUGAUUAUUCUGAGGUUCAGCACUCAACUACAGCAAACUGUCCAGAGGCUGACCUGGAAAGGUUAAUUCCCAAAAGUGAAACUCUGGAAGCAGAUCAAGAUGAAAAUGACACAAACUAUAAACUAGUGUCUGAUUCUUGUAAAUUUGUGGAAACCAUGCUGGGAGAAACAGACAGGUCUGACACUCUACAGAGUGAGGAACUCAAAGAAAAUGCACGUCUUGUUGGCGUCUCUGAGUUGACUAGUGUAAGUGUUCUUUCAUGUCCCACAGUAGAUCAACAGCUGACUGACCAGCUAAAUUACAGGGAGAUGCCAGAAGAAAAACUUCCCAAUGUGUAUUCUGUAACAGAAAAAGAAAGCAAAAAUGGAGACAAGGAUGCAGAAUUCUUAAGGCAGGGUGGAAAUUUACGGGAAAACUAUUUGGUGAGUGAGUCACAUAUAAAAUCAAAGGAUAUAGAGUCUUCUAUCACACCAGAGAUAUCCACAGAAAAACACAACCCCAGAGAGCACACAGAACCUCAGUGCAGUGUUGGGCAAGCAAUAGUUUCAUCACCAAACGAGGAGUUGCACAACGAUGAGGAACAAAUUGAGAUUUUCAAGUUAUCUGAUGUCAAAGGUGCUCAUCAUGCAAAGGAUGCUUUAAACAGCAUUCAUGAACAGGAGGUUGAUCCAACACAAAUGCAUGAAAUCGAUCACUCCUCUGAAAGUGGGUUGCAUGAUGCCAGAGAACAUUCUGAAGUAAUUUCUGGAAACCUGAUAGAUCAGGCUGAAGUCAUUGACACAUACCGAUCAGAGUCAAUUGUGAGAGGUACUGAUGAUUCUGCCACCAAGCAGGUAGAAUCAAAUUCUGAUGACAAACAGGAGGAACAUCCUACAAGAGAAAACAACUUUGACUCUUUAGAGCACACAAAUGAGGAUAUUCAUGUAUAUGAUACAAAGAUACCACAGAUCAGUGACACAGAAAGAGUAGACUCUGCACUGGGUCAGGUCGAUGAGGGUGACAGCCAUAUAGAGGAUGAUAUGAAUCCCAGUGCUGAUCAAACAGUUCAUCAGGAGAAGGAAGGAAUCCUCUCUGAAGUUGAGGAGAGUGAGUCCUCUUUACAAACCCUGCAAUCAGAAACAAAUGCUCCUUUGGACUCCCAACCUCUGGACACUUCUGUGAGAACAGAGGAGGAAACCAACACAGGCUUCAACCCCACUUUGAACAGAAGAAAACUGGGGUCGAGUAGAAGAAAUAAAGGAAGGCAACAUGCCAAGGACUGUGCUGUUGAAUCAUCCCACGAACACAAAGAGCAAGUAGAAGAAAGUACCAGGGGUAAUGAAGACCUCCAGACAACACCAGUAUUAGUGGCAGCAGAGGGAACAAAUCAAGAAGAAUUAAGUCAAUGGAGUGAGCAUGGUGUUAUCAUGCCUGUGACACCUGACAGCUCUUUGUACUCAGUCAUGAUGCCUGGUUAUUCUCCUGAGGUCCAGAACCCCACUACAACAAACUAUCCAGAGGCUGACCUGGAAAAUUUAAUUUCUGUAAGUGAAAACCUUCAAGAAGAUCAUGACGAAAGAGAGACUGACUUUAAAGUGGAGGUGUCUAAUAAAUCAGUGGGAGCCACGCUGGAAGGAAUGGACAAAUCUGACACUUUUCAGAGUGAACAAGCCAGAGGUGCUCAUCAUGCAGAGGAUGCUGUUCUCAAAGUGCAUGAACAGGAGGUGGAUCCAACACAAAUGCAUGAAAUCGAUGACUCCUCUGAAAGUGGGACGCAUGAUGCAACAGAACAUCCUGAAGUAAUUUCUGGAAACCUGAUACAUCAGGCUGAAGUCAUUGACACAUACCGAUCAGAGUCAAUUGUGAGAGGAACUGAUGAUUCUGCCACUAAGCAGGUAGAAUCAAAUUCUGAUGACAAACAGGAGGAACAUCCCACAAGAGAAAACAACUUUGACUCUUUGGAGCACACAAAUGAGGAUAUUCAUGUAUAUGAUACAAAGAUACCACAGAUCAGUGACACAGAAAGAGUAGACUCUGCACUGGGUCAGGUCGAUGAGGGUGACAGCCAUGUAGAGGAUGAUAUGAAUCCCAGUGCUGAUCAAACAGUUCAUCAGGAGAAGGAAGGAAUCCUCUCUGAAGAUGAGGAGAGUGAAUCCUCUUUACAAACCCUGCAAUCAGAAACAAAUGCUCCUUUGGACUCCCAACCUCUGGACACUUCUCUGAGGACAGAGAGGGAAACCCACACAGGCUUCAACCCCACUUUGAACAGAAGAAAACUGGGGUCGAGUAGAAGAAAUAAAGGAAGGCAACAUGCCAAGGACUGUGCUGCUGAAUCAUCCCAUGAACACAAAGAGGAAGUAGAAGAAAGUACCAUGAGUACUGAAGACCUCCAGACAGCACCAGUGUUAGUGGCAGCAGAGGGAACAAAUCAAGAAGAAUUAAGUCAAUGGAGUGAGCAUGGUGUUAUCAUGCCUGCGACACCUGACAGCUCUUUGUACUCAGUCAUGUUGUCUGAUAAUUCUCCUGAGGUCCAGAACCCCACUACAACAAACUAUCCAGAGGCUGACCUGGAAAAUUCAAUUUCUGUAAGUGAAAACCUUCAAGAAGAUCAUGACGAAAGAGAGACUGACUUUAAAGUGGAGGUGUCUAAUAAAUCAGUGGGAGCCACGCUGGAAGGAAUGGACAAAUCUGACACUAUUCAGAGUGAAGAAGCCAGAGGUGCUCAUCACGCAGAGGAUGCUGUUCUCAAAGUGCAUGAACAGGAGGUGGAUCCAACACAAAUGCAUGAAAUCGAUGACUCCUCUGAAAGUGGGACGCAUGAUGCAACAGAACAUCCUGAAGUAAUUUCUGGAAACCUGAUAGAUCAGGCUGAAGUCAUUGACACAUACCGAUCAGAGUCAAUUGUGAGAGGUACUGAUGAUUCUGCCACCAAGCAGGAAGAAUCAAAUUCUGAUGACAAACAGGAGGAACAUCCUACAAGAGAAAACAACUUUGACUCUUUGGAGCACACAAAUGAGGAUAUUCAUGUAUAUGAUACAAAGAUACCACAGAUCAGUGACACAGAAAGAGUAGACUCUGCACUGGGUCAGGUCGAUGAGGGUGACAACCAUGUAGAGGAUGACAUGAAUCCCAGUGCUGAACAGACAGUUCAUCAGGAGAAGGAAGGAAUCCUCUCUGAAGUUGAGGAGAGUGAAUCCUCUUUACAAACCCUGCAAUCAGAAACAAAUGCUCCUUUGGACUCCCAACCUCUGGACACUUCUGUGAGGACAGAGAGGGAAACCCACACAGGCUUCAACCCCACUUUGAACAGUAGAAAACUGGGGUCGAGUAGAAGAAAUAAAGGAAGGCAACAUGCCAAGGACUGUGCUGCUGAAUCAUCCCACGAACACAAAGAGCAAGUAGAAGAAAGUACCAGGGGUAAUGAAGACCUCCAGACAACACCAGUAUUAGUGGCAGCAGAGGGAACAAAUCAAGAAGAAUUGAGUCAAUGGAGUGAGCAUGAUGUUAACAUGCCUGUGACACCUGACAGCUCUUUGUAUUCAGUCAUGAUGCCUGGUUAUUCUCCUGAGGUCCAGAACCCCACUGCAUCAAACUAUCCAGAGGCUGACCUGGAAAAUUCAAUUUCUGUAAGUGAAAACCUUCAAGAAGAUCAUGACGAAAGAGAGACUGACUUUAAAGUGGAGGUGUCUAAUAAAUCAGUGGGAGCCACGCUGGAAGGAAUGGACAAAUCUGACACUUUUCAGAGUGAACAAGCCAGAGGUGCUCAUCAUGCAGAGGAUGCUGUUCUCAAAGAGCAUGAACAGGAGGUUAAUCCAACACAAAUGCAUGAAAUCGAUGACUCCUCUGAAAGUGAGACGCAUGAUGCAACAGAACAUCCUGAAGUAAUUUCUGGAAACCUGAUAGAUCAACCUGAAGUCAUUGACACAUACCAAUCAGAGUCGAUUGUGAGAGGUACUGAUGAUUCUGCUACCAAGCAGGAAGAUUCAAAUUCUGAUGACAAACAGGAGGAACAUCCUACAAGAGAAAACUACUUUGACUCUUUAGAGCACACAAAUGAGGAUAUUCAUGUAUAUGAUACAAAGAUACCACAGAUCAGUGACACAGAAAGAGUAGACUCUGCACUGGGUCAGGUCGAUGAGGGUGAAAGCCAUGUAGAGGAUGAUAUGAAUCCCAGCGCUGAACAGACAGUUCAUCAGGAGAAGGAAGGAAUCCUCUCUGAAGAUGCAGAGAGUGAAUCCUCUUUACAAACCCUGCAAUCAGAAACAAAUGCUCCUUUGGACUCCCAACCUCUGGACACUUCUCUGAGGACAGAGGAGGAAACCCACACAGGCUUCAACCCCACUUUGAACAGAAGAAAACUGGGGUUGAGUAGAAGAAAUAAAGGAAGGCAACAUGCCAAGGACUGUGCUGCUGAAUCAUCCCACGAACACAAAGAGCAAGUAGAAGAAAGUACCAGGGGUAAUGAAGACCUUCUGACAAUACCAGUGUUAGUGGCAGCAGAGGGAACAAAUCAAGAAGAAUUGAGUCAAUGGAGUGAGCAUGGUGUUAACAUGCCUGUGACACCUGACAGCUCUUUGUAUUCAGUCAUGAUGCCUGGUUAUUCUCCUGAGGUCCAGAACCCCACUGCAUCAAACUAUCCAGAGGCUGACCUGGAAAAUUCAAUUUCUGUAAGUGAAAACCUUCAAGAAGAUCAUGACGAAAGAGAGACUGACUUUAAAGUGGAGGUGUCUAAUAAAUCAGUGGGAGCCACGCUGGAAGGAAUGGACAAAUCUGACACUUUUCAGAGUGAACAAGCCAGAGGUGCUCAUCAUGCAGAGGAUGCUGUUCUCAAAGUGCAUGAACAGGAGGUGGAUCCAACACAAAUGCAUGAAAUCGAUGACUCCUCUGAAAGUGGGACGCAUGAUGCAACAGAACAUCCUGAAGUAAUUUCUGGAAACCUGAUAGAUCAGGCUGAAGUCAUUGACACAUACCGAUCAGAGUCAAUUGUGAGAGGUAUUGAUGAUUCUGCCACCAAGCAGGUAGAAUCAAAUUCUGAUGACAAACAGGAGGAACAUCCUACAAGAGAAAACAACUUUGACUCUUUAGAGCACACAAAUGAGGAUAUUCAUGUAUAUGAUACAAAGAUACCACAGAUCAGUGACACAGAAAGAGUAGACUCUGCACUGGGUCAGGUCGAUGAGGGUGACAGCCAUGUAGAGGAUGACAUGAAUCCCAGCGCUGAACAGACAGUUCAUCAGGAGAAGGAAGGAAUCCUCUCUGAAGAUGCGGAGAGUGAAUCCUCUUUACAAACCCUGCAAUCAGAAACAAAUGCUCCUUUGGACUCCCAACCUCUGGACACUUCUGUGAGGACAGAGGAGGUGUCUAAUCAGGAGAAAGAUGGACUCUUCUCUGAAACUGAAAGGGGCAAAUCUUCUUUAGAAACCCUGCAAUCAGAAAUACAUGCUCCUUUGGACUCCCAACCUCAGCAAAACGAUACAGGCUUCAGCCCCAUUGGGAAUAGAAGAAAACUGGGCUCUAGCCGAAGAAAUAAAGGACGACAACUUGUCGAGGACUCUGUUGCUGAAUCAUACCACAGACAUACAGGAGAAAUUGCUGGAAAUACCAAGGAUCAUGAGCCACUUGAAAUAGUAAAGAUGUCAGUAGAGACAGAAGUGCCAGAAAAAUCUAUGGAAACCAUGCCGGAAGGAAUGGACACAUUUGACACUGCUCAGACUCCUCAGAUUGAAGAAUGUAGCAAUGAACUCAAAGAAACUGCACAAUAUUCCACACUUGUUGGCAUCUCUGAGCAUAUAACUUCAGGUUUACAUUCUAGUUUAGCAGUAGAUCAACAGCUAAUCAACCAAUCAAAUUCCACAGAGAUGCCAAAAGAAAAGCUUCCCGGUGUGUAUUCUGUCACAGAGAAACAAAGCAAGGAUGGAGAUGGGAAUGCAGAAUUGUCAAGGCAGGAUGGAAAUAUACAGGACAACUAUUUGGUGAGUGAGUCACGUGUGAAAUCGGAGAACCCAGGAGACCGUACGGACAUUGAAUGCAGUGUUGAACAAGCAGCAUCUUCAUCAUCAUCAAAGGGGAAAGUGGGAAGUGAAUCCUCUUUACAAGCCCUGCAGUCAGAAACAAAUGCUCUUUUGGACUCUCAACCUCAGGACAAUUCCGUGAGAAUGGAGAAGCAAACCCACAAAGGCUUCAACCCCACUGGGUGCAGAAGAAAACUGGGGUCUAGCCGAAGAAAUAAAGGACAACAGCAUGUCAAGGACUCUGUUUCUGAAACACACCACAAACCUAAAGAAGAAUUUUCAGAAGAUACAAGGAGUGAUCAUGCCCUUGAAACAACAAAAAUGCCAUUAGCAACAGAGACAAUUAGGCAGGAAGAAUUAAAAAAGCAAACAAACAUAGACCUCGAACCUGCUCAGGAAAGCAGAGAAAUGAGAUCAACUAUAAAUGCCAAAGAAAACACAGAAAAAAUGCCAGAGGAAGACAGAAUUUCCUCACAGAAUGUUACGUACGACAGUACAAUUGCGACAACAGACAUUACUUCAAGCUCAGGCAAAGAUGACUCUGUCAAAUCCAAUAAGGACGUCAAUGAGGAGGAAAAUAAUCUUAUAAAAGAGCCUGAGAAUGUAAGUCAUUUUACAGGAUAUGACACAGCUAAAAUGGACUUGAUACAAUCGCCAGAAGAUGAUUCAGACACACAGAAUAUCUCAUGUCAUGUUGACAGUGUUUGCAUGCAGUCAGUCACUUCCGAUGUGCUUGAGCAAAAUGCCCAUCAGGUCCAAAAGACGGAGGCUUUAUCUUGUGACAAAGACUCGCUGGAACACAAAAUGAGUCUGAAACGGACAAAUGAUGCAAUGAAAACAGUGGCAGAUGUCUCAAUCAAAGACUGUUUGAAAGAAGCAGAGAGUUCAAUGGAUGUACAGGUUUUUGGACAGGAUGGAGAUGGAGAAAAAUGUGAAGAUCCUACAAAGAAAGACCAUGAAACUGAAGAAACGAAUGCUCCGCAGGAGGUCACGUAUGCUGAACUGUCGUCCGCUGCACACGGCAAAACUGGCGCUUCAGCUCAGCUUGGUCUCGAGGAAAACUUCAGAGCAGAGACAGCUGUGGAUGCGCCUGAGGAAAGUGGGAUUUCUGCAGCAGUGGGUGCAUGUAACAGCCAGCAAGGGAUACAAGAAACAACUAAUUCAGAUAACAGUGAAAAUGUGAAAAGAAAUUCCAAACAGAGGAGGAGAAAGAUGGGCUCCACUCGCCACACUCAACUCAAGAGGAAACCAGAGGAAGGAACAGAGAGCAAAAAUGAAAUAAAAGAAAGCGAUUUUAAUAAAGAAGAUGACGUGAGAAAUUUUGACAAUAUGGAAGUGGUAAGGGAGUUACCAGUUAUUGUAACUGCAGAGGUAUCACAGAAUAUCUCAUGUCAUGUUGACAGUGUUUGUUUUAAAGGACAACAGGAAACUGACCGAACCAGCACUGUUCAUGACGAGGGCCAAAGGCUACAAAGCAGUACAUCUGACCUGCAGAGAGUUCAGAGCAGUAUGAUAUCAGACGUAAAUGAUUUAACAGCUCUUCUCCCCGAGCAGUCUGCCUCAAACAAUGGAAAAGUUGAUAAUCCUGUGAAGUUUGUUCAGGUAGCUGGUAUAAGGGACAGUGAGAGGAAUGUAGACGUUAACGUGGAGCCUUCACAACUAGAUGAUUUUACAUGCAUGGAGAUGCAUCCAACAUCUGUGCUCUCUGGAGGAAACAGCUCCUCAGUAAAUCCGUUGCGGUCUUCUAAUACUGUGGACGUGACAAGCACUGGUAUCACAGGAGGGAGCUCUGUGUCUUCAUGUGAGCCCUCACAGAGUACACAAAACGAUGAGGAAAUGACAGAUAGUGUAAACGUCGCACAGGCCCCAGCUCUGAACUCAGCAGAAGCACCAGCUGUGGCUGUGGUAGAUUUGGAAAUCAUGAAACCUGUCGUCAGAGGAGGAGCUGGAGAGGAGAGUAAAGAUGCCCAGGCUGGUAUACACGAGUUGAACAACGCAAAUGAAGGAGCUCACGAUAAAAAUCUUGAGAUGAAGAAUGCAAGUCCCAAUUUUAAUUCAGCCAAUAGGAGAAGAAAGAUGGGCUCCACCCGCAGGAAUCUGGGAUCACGUAGCAAAGGGGAAGACUUGCAUCAAAAGCAGGAGGCAGAUAAAGAGGCAACAGGAGCAGCAGCUAAUGCUGGAGAUGUAAAGAGUGAGCCUUUCCUGGGCAUCAAAGAAAAAGAAGAGCUCCAACUUCUCAUAGAAGACAAAGACAGUGACUCUGAUCAAAGGAAAGAAAAAGUUUUUGAAACGGUGGAGUGCAGCCUCACUGGUGAGUCUCACUUCAAGCCUCCAGCACAGCACACAAGUGAAGAAAAUCCUCCUUCUCAUGAUCAACUAGAAGAAAAAGAGCACCACCUAACUCCCAGUUAUUUCCCCGCAACACCAUCCACUUCUCCCAACCAUGAUGGGACGUCAGAAACAGCUGGUGGGAGAAGGAGAAGGAAACUGGGAUCUCACCGGAAGUCGCAUGGACACCAAAGCAAUGUCGACCAAACUGCAAGAGGGGACAAAAUAAUAGGUACACAAGAUCGGAGAGAUGUCAGAAGUGUCACUGAUGAAAGUGCCAUCAAGACAACUGAGGAAGAAUCUGUGGGCCUGGACAAAAUAUCAGAGGCUGAUGAAAGCAGCAAGAAACCAUCGUCCAACGUCAGCGCCUCGGAGGCGGUAAAGCACUCGACGCCUGAGAGUGAGAAGACUCCCGCACGAGUGACUGCAGUUCAACAUCGUGAUGCUGAGAUCCGCCCGGGCCAAGAGAGCCAAAAGCCGUUUUCUCUGGCAGGUAGUUCCGGAGGAGCAGCUCCCACAUCAAGCAGUUACAACGUGCUCAUGGUUGGAAACAGCUGUGUGGGCAAAACCUCCUUCAUGAAAAGAGCUCAAAGCGGGAAGUUUUCUCUAGAUUUACCCGCCUCUGCUGGACUUGAUUUCUGCAUGUGGACGGUGGUAGUGGAUGGAAAGCCUGUGGUGCUACGGCUGUGGGAUACAGCGGGCCAAGAAAGGUUUCGCAGCAUCACAAAACAGAUUUUCCACAAGGCCCAGGCAUUUCUCCUGAUGUAUGACAUCACUUCCUCACAGAGUUUCUCUGCAGUCAGCCACUGGGCAACCUGUAUUCAGGAAGGAGCUGCAGAAAACGUGACCAUCCUCCUUCUUGGGAAUAAGAGUGACUGUGCAGAACGAGUGGUUAAAGCUGAGGAGGGGGAAAUUCUUGCUAAGGAGUACAACUUUGAAUUCAUGGAGUGCAGCGCUGCCACGGGGGAAAAUGUGCUUCGGUCUUUGGAAACUGUGGCCAGGAUAUUGAGCCAAAAAGUUGACACAAGAGAGGAAACCACAGUGUUACACAAAGAGCCCCAACAGAAAAAAUCAUCAGGAUGUUGCUGAACGAUGUGUGUGUGUGUGUGUGUGUGUGUGUGUGUCAGUGGCUUGACGUGGAAAGUUUGCACAUCACAGCAAAAACUGGUGCUCAAACCAGCUUUGGCUCUUAGGUUUUAUUACAAAAGUGUAUAACUUAAAUCACCUUUUCACAAUUACUGGGGUGGCUGGUGCAGGCUUUCUUUAGAGGCAGGUCUAUGAACAGUUGUAAGUAAUCAAGGAAAUCAUUAUCGUAUAAUGUAUAAUGGGUUUUUGCAGCAUUUUGCACUGUGUUUUAUCGACUUUCCUUCUGGAAUAUGGAAGCCUUACUAUGAGUGCAAUUUCAAAUGAUCACAUGAAGUCAAUAUUUGCAGAGUCUUCUCCCACACUGACGUCUUUCCGUUUAGAGAUGUAUUAACUAAUCUAACUGAGAAACUAAUGUUUUAGUACUUUGAGUUCAGAACAGUUUCUGAGGUCCUGAGUUGAAAAACAGAAAACAGUUUCCACUAAGAGAAUCCUCUUAAUUGCACAGAUAUUGAGUAGCUGCUCGCCAGUGUCUAUAUUGUUUUAAUAAAUAUUGUCAUAUUUCAGUGUUUACAAGCAGCUGGUGCAAUAUGCCUGUGAACAAGAGCAUCUUUUCAUUUUUGUAGCUGUUAUGACACAAACAGUGUUUCUCAGUGGCCGAAUUAAGUGCAUCAUGACUCUGUAUGUUUUGCCAUCUGUUCUUAAUGAACGGUGUUGGCACUUGUCCUUCUUGCAGUUGUCACACAGCUGCCAGGUCAGCCAGAUCAUCACAAAUAACUUUCAUGCCUUUCUAAUUUGUGGUGGUGAAAUACUUAACAGGCUUGAAAUAUACAUGUCAGAUCAUUUUUUUUUAUUGUUUCUGUGCAUUUCCCUACAACUUGUGUCUCAUGCUUAAUAAACCUCCAGAACAACAACCGUA